AUGGACACUGAGCCCUCCCUGCCCCACGACAUGGCCUUUAGCGUCCUGAGCAGCACAGCAUCAGUGCUGGCACCGCGGGUAGGCAAAUUGGCCCUUGUUGGCCGCAAUUCGAUAUCCACGCCGCACUACGUCCCACUCACAUCGCGGGGUGCUGUGCCGCAUGUUGCGCACGAUGUGUUGCGCAAAGAGACUACGAUCAAUAGUCUACAUAUCGGUCUAGAAGAUUUCAUCGAAAGGAAUCACCCAGCCCCAUUGUAUAGUACCCCUGUCUCAGGACAGGAAUCGCCCUUACGAAAAUUCAUCUGUGCUCCAGACGAUAUGCCAUUGAUCUUUGGUGCACGCCGGUUCCCCUCGAUCCCGUGUCCGACAACAAAUACCGAAACCUCCAUCUCGAUCAUGACCUCAGUCGGGUUUCGACAACUCGAAGCACAUCAGUAUCUGGAUGCAGUCCUAAAGCUAAAGCCAGAUAUUAUCAUUGGCCUGGCAGAUCUAGUGCUCGGAGCCCCGCCAGGCGUCAAGAGACGAGGAAAGAUGGUGGAUCGCACCCAUGCGUACACUCGUGAUGCGCUGGACAAAUUGUACGGCGCCUCUGUGGCAGAGGGAGAGAAGUCAAAGGCUGCGUAUUUCGCGCCGGUGCUCCCACUAGACAAUACGCAACAAUCGCUAUACCUAGACGACCUCGCAAGUGAAUUUCGCGAUCGCCUUUCUGGACUGGCUCUUUACGAGUCGGCCUCCUUGACCUUCAUCCCAGAGUCUGUGGGCGACCUGCCUCGUUUAGUACUCAGUGAACCGUCUAGCCCCCACGAUGUUCUACGUGACGUUACCCUGGGCGCGGAUCUUGUGACAGUUCCCUUCAUGGGGAAGUCCUCGGAUGCUGGAAUCGCAUUGGAUUUCACUUUCCCUGCCCCGUCUUCGGUUCACGAGCGCGGCGAGCCCCAGCAAUUGGGCAUUGACCUGUGGUCUCCGGAAUAUAAGAAAGAUGCCGUGCCCCUCAGUGAGGGCUGCGAGUGUUAUGCAUGCCGGAAUCAUCACCGCGCUUACUUAAACCACCUCCUGGCUGCCAAGGAGAUGGCUGCAUGGGCGCUGCUCCAAAUUCAUAACCACCAUGUGAUGGAUCUCUUCUUUGCAGGUGUUCGAGAUAGCAUCCAACGCGGUACUUUUGAGGCAGAUGUCCAGGCAUUUGGUCGUGCUUAUGUGGCCAUGCUGCCCGAGACGACAGGCGAAGGCCCUAGACUUCGUGGUCACCAGCUGCCCGCCGCAGGCCCUAAUCAACCUCGACGUAUGCCGAAAAUUUACGGUCGGCUUGACGAUGUUCAAAAGAAAUUCGUGGAAUCUCAGUCUUCCAUCGCCACGCCCGACACCGACGCAGAAGGGCUCGAGAAGCAUGGAUUUGCCGAGAAGGCGUGA